CAUGAACGCGCUGGCUCAUGAUCUGAACUAUCCUGCCCUGCGAAAAAACAAGAACAUCGAGGCCUUUCUGAGCCGAUAUGAAAAGGCUGUGAGUCAGCUGCGAGAGCUGCAGGUGAAGCUCGAAGACUUUGAGAAAGUGAAGCUAAUCGGGAGAGGAGCCUAUGGAGAAGUGCAGCUGGUCCGUCACAAGGCCUCCCGGAAGGUCUACGCCAUGAAGCAGCUCAACAAGUUUGAGAUGAUCAAGCGGUCGGAGUCUGCCUUCUUCUGGGAGGAGAGGCACAUCAUGGCCUUUUCCAACAGUCCCUGGGUCGUCCAGCUGUGCUGUGCUUUCCAAGACGACCACCACCUCUACAUGGUGAUGGAGUUCAUGCCCGGAGGCGACCUGGUCACGCUCACCAUGAACUACGACAUACCCGAGAAGUGGGCUCGCUUUUACACGGCCGAGGUAGUGCUGGCACUGAACGCCAUCCACGACAUGGGCUUCAUCCAUCGGGACAUCAAACCCGACAACAUGCUGCUGGACCAACACGGACACCUCAAGCUGGCAGAUUUCGGCACGUGCAUGAAGAUGGACUCGACAGGCAUGGUGCACUGUGACACAGCUGUAGGCACACCAGACUACAUCUCCCCCGAGGUGCUUCAGUCCCAGGGUGGCGACGGUCACUACGGCCGGGAAUGCGACUGGUGGUCCGUAGGAGUCUUUAUCUAUGAGUUGCUGGUUGCUGAAACUCCGUUCUACGCUGAGUCCCUGGUUGGAACUUACGGGAAGAUCAUGAACCACAAGAACACGCUCAUCUUCCCAGAUCAUAUAGAGAUGUCUCAGGACGCCAAAGACCUCAUCUGUGCCUUUCUUACCGACAGGGAGGUUCGUCUGGGCCGCACCGGAGUGGAUGAGAUCAAAUGCCACCCUUUCUUCAAGAAUGACCAGUGGACCUUUGACAACAUCCGAGAUACUGUGGCUCCAGUCGUGCCUGAGCUGAACAGCGACAUAGACACCAGUAACUUCGACGACAUAGAGAAUGAUAAAGGAGAUGCUGAGACCUUCCCUCCACCCAAAGCCUUUGUGGGCAACCAGCUGCCAUUUGUGGGCUUCACUUACUUCAAGGAGGACCAGCUGCUGAAGGGAAGUAACAACUGCUCUUUGGAGGAGUCAGAAGACAUUAAGGAAAACUCUGAGGAUAAGGAGAAUUGCUCGGACAGCAAAAAAGAGCUGCAGAAGAGGCUUCAUAAGCUGGAGGAGCAGCUCGACCAUGAGAUGCAGGCCAAAGAUGAGCUGGAGCACAAGUGCAAAAAUGCCACCAACCGUUUAGACAAGCUGGUCAAAGAAUUAGACAAGGAGAUGAGCAGCAGGCAGAAAGUGGAGGCCUCGCUGAGGCAGCUGGAGAUGGAGCGAGCUCUGCUGCAGCACCAGAGCGCCGAGAACCUGCGCAAGGUGGAGAUUGAAACUGACAGAAAACGCGGCCUGGAGAACGAAUUGAACAACCUGAGGGACCAGCUAGAGGAUCUUAGGAAGAGGAACCAGAAUUCCCAGAUCUCCAAUGAGAAGAACGUCCAGCUGCAGAAACAACUCGAGGAGGCCAACGCCGUGCUGCAGGCUGAGCAGGAGGCGGCAGUGCGGCUGAAGAAGAGUCAGGCGGAGGCGCAGAAACAGGCUCAGAGCCUGGAGGUCAGCCUCAGGGAGAUGCAGGAAAAGUGCAGCCAGCUUGAAAACAGCAAGAUGGAGCUGGAGAAGCAACUGAUGGGGCUGCAGGCCGAGCUGGAGGAGGAGAGAAGAGACCGUAACCUCGGGAAAGAAACUAUUACUGACCUGCAGGGACGUAUCUCUGGCCUGGAAGAAGAGGUGAAAGAGGUGAAGGCAUCUCUGUCCAAGGUCAAGACUGAAAAGAAGCAUCUGCAUGAGAAGAUAAAUGAGCUCGAGAAGGCGAAGAGCAACCAAGAGAUCGACUUGACGUUCAAGCUGAAGUCGCUCCAGCAGAGUCUGGAGCAGGAGGAGGCAGAACACAAGGCCACCAAAGCCAAGCUGGCAGAUAAAAACCACAUCUACCAGUCCAUCGAGGAGGCGAAAUCAGAGGCCUUAAAAGAGAUGGAGAGCACCCUGCAGGAGGAGCGUAGCCAGAAGCUGCAGGUGGAGGGAAAGCUGCUGCAACAGGAGAAGGACCUGUCCAUGCUGGAGCGCGACUACAAGCAGGCGCAGCACAAACUGGAGGAGCUGCAGGCACAGAAGGCCAAACUUUCUGAGGAGGUAAAGAGCCUGGGCUUGCGUCUGGAGCAGGAGGUCCACAAGCGCAGCCUGAGUCAGAGCGAUCUGAAAAUGCAGAACCAGCAGGUGUCGGUGCUUCGCACCUCCGAGAAACAGCUCAAACAGGAGCUCAACCACCUGCUGGACAUGAAGCAGGUCCUGGAGAAACAGAACCAGGAGCUCCGCAGGGAGAAACAGGAGGCUGGUGACCAGCUGAAGGAGCUGAAGGACCAACUGGAGGCUGAGCAGUAUUUCACAACCCUUUACAAGACACAGAUUCGUGAGUUGAAGGACGAGCGAGAUGAGAGGAAUAAGCUGUACAAAGAGCUGCAGCAGCGACUGGCAGAAUAUCAGGAGGAGAGGGACUCCCUGACAACCCAGCUGGAGGCCAGUCUGACCAAGGCGGACUCUGAGCAGCUGGCUCGCUCCAUCGCUGAGGAGCAGUAUUCGGACCUGGAGAAGGAGAAGAUCAUGAAGGAGCUGGAGAUUAAAGACAUGAUGGCGAGACACAAACAGGAGCUCAGCGACAAGGAGGCCACCAUCAGCUCGCUGGAGGAGUCCAACCGCACUCUGACGGUAGAUGUGGCUAACCUGGCCAGCGAGAAAGAGGAGCUCAACAACCAGCUGAAAGACAUGCAGCAACAGUUCCAGAAAGCCAAGGAGGAGGAGAAGCACAUGAACUCGCUCAAACUGUCCUUUGAAAAGCAGCUGCAGAAUGAAAGGACACUAAAAAUUCAGGCUGUCAACAAGCUGGCCGAGGUGAUGAACAGGAGGGAGACGGUGCGAGGAGGCCACCGAGGCACCGGCACCGAGGUGCACAGGAAGGAGAAGGAGAACAGGAAGCUUCAGCUGGAGCUGAGAGCAGAGAAGGAGAAGCUAAACAGCACCAUCAUCAAAUACCAGAGAGAGAUGAUGGAUAUGCAGGCGCUGAUAGCAGAAGAGAACCAGGUGCGUCUGGAGCUUCAGAUGGCGUUGGACAGCAAAGACAGCGAUAUCGAGCAGCUGCGUUGCCAGAUCUCUUCCCUCAGCGUUCACUCUCUGGACUCCACCAGCAUCAGCAGUGGAAACGACCUGGACAUGGGUGACGGAUACCCAGUGCGCAUUACUCAGUCUCACACCUCCGAAUCAAUGUCCUUCACCUACCAGCGCACACACAAAUCUGUGCGCAUUGACACACGACCCAACCUUCACUCUGCCCACUCUCUCUUCGAUUCUGACUCUGACAACGACAAUGAAGAAGAAUAUGACGGGCAGGUGGAGCAGGGCCACCGUCCCCUGGCCCUCACCUACGAACAGCCCCCUGAGGCUGAACCUGCAGACUCCAGGCUGGAGGGCUGGAUUUCAGUUCCUAACAAGAAAGAAAAGCGGUUUGGCUGGGAAAAAAAAUAUAUAGUUGUGAGCAGUAAGAAGAUCCUGUUCUACAACAGCGAGCAGGACCGAGAGCAGGCCAACCCUUUCAUGACCCUGGACAUUGAUAAGCUGUUUCAUGUCCGCCCUGUCACUCAAACUGAUGUAUACCGUGCAGAUGCCAGAGAAAUUCCAAGGAUAUUCCAGAUCCUGUACGCCAACGAAGGCGAGAUCAAACGGGAUCAGGAGGUCGCAGUUGAGCCUGCGGCAUUUGGUGAACGUCCCUCCUACAUCAGCCACAAGGGCCACGAGUUCAUAAUCACUCUGUACCACUUCCCAUCCAGCUGCGAGGCCUGCACUCGGCCCCUGUGGCAUGUUUUCAAGCCCCCGCCAGCCCUCGAGUGCCGCCGCUGUCGCACCAAGUGCCACAAGGAUCACCUGGACAAAAAGGAGGAAGUGAUUGUGCCCUGCAAGGUAAACUAUGACAUGUCCACCGCCAAAGAGCUGCUUCUGCUGGCCAACUCCAAGGAGGACCAGCAGCGCUGGGUCAGUAACCUCCUGAAACGCAUCCCGAGGAAACACCCGACGUUGAGUCCUCCCGCAGCAAUACAAAACAGCCUUCCUGAAGCAACAGCGCGCUCGUCUCCACAAGCCUCUCCGCGGCCUUCACCCAGGGGGUCACCUCAUAUGUCGGCGAGACAUCGCGGAGCCAUCAAGGUCCAGCCCAGCAGACAGCAACAGCCGUCAGGGAAGCCCAGAUUGCUUGAGUUUGGCCUGAAAGACUGGAGUUGGCCAUUGGAUGAUGACGAUAAUGAUGAUGAUGAUGAUGAUAUGUUCUUCUGAAGGAAGUGAAAGAGGGGGGACAGAGGUUAACCCUGGCUGAUCAAAGAUGUGUGUUUUCAUCUUUGUGGAUUAAUGACCGCAGUCUGGACGCAGUGCCUACAUGUGUCAUUUCUUCAGGGAAGUAGACUGAAAAAGAAAAGAAAAAAAAACAUUAAUCAUGGAGAGAAACAUUCACAGAAACUGGCUGUCGUCAUGAGAACUGAGGCUGCCUUUGUCGUUGUAACAAGAGGAAGAAAAUGAGUAUUCAUAUUAGAGUGAGAUUUUAACUAAAGGGGAAAAAAAAAAGGUCAACAUUCGGUGAUUAAAACUGCCUUAUUUUAUAACCGUCAUGACAAAAACGUGGACAUUUUAUUCUGUGAGGUGCAGUGACUCACAUGGAUUUGUCUUUGUGAGGUGUUAGGCAUGUGUGUGAACAUUUGUAUAUAGGAUUAAGAGAUCUGUCUGUGUAUUGUAACACAGGAGGUGUAGCUCAUAGAAUAUGAUUGUUUUAUUUUUAUGGAUAUAAGUCAGCAGCACAUUAUGCAGUACAUGCUUGUCUUGUAAAUGAAUACAGUUUUCAUUACACAAAGUAGAUCAAUUAAACCAUGAAACAGAAUAAUGUGAAUUGAAUAGGAACAAUGUGUUAUCUCCUCGACAUUCAUGGCUAAUUCAAAUAAAUUCUGUUACCCUGAAAAUGAA